AUGGCUGCCUCUCCUUUGAACACCAAAAGCUAUUACCAUGUCCGCUCUAUCAGCCUCCCUUCCAGAUCUCAUCCACUUAACCUUCACUUUGAGGAGCGUCUGUCCAAAUUGAGAGCCUCUGCAGGCACCUCUUCAACAUUGUCCUCAAUUUGUUCUAACAUAGGUGCUCUCACUGAUUUGUUCGACUGCGUCCAUGAUUUGCUUCUAUUGCCACACAUCCAACAAAAAACUACAAUCCAUGGGCGUCACAAGCAAUUUAUUGAUAAUGAACUGGAUGCCUCUCUUAGGCUCUUGGAUGUGUGUGGCACUACCAAGGAUGCCUUGUUGCAAAUGAAGGAAAGCACACAAGAACUUCAAUCUAUUCUGCGGAGAAGGCGAGGCAGCAAACUUGAGCUGGAAAAUGAGAUUGGAGAGCACUUGGCCUCUGGGAAGAAGGUAAAGAAGGCCAUUCAGAUGUCCCUGAGGAAAUUAAAGAGUAUGGAGGAUAAAUGCACCUUUUCUCCUCUGGACAAAAGCCAUGAUAUUGUGGCAAUCGCUUGCUUGUUCACAGAGUUGGAAGCUGUCACUUUCUGUGUGUUUGAAUCCCUCUUGUCCUACAUUUCUGGGCUCAAGGUGAGAUCAAGGCUGAGUGGGUGGUCAUUGGUUUCCAAGCUGAUGCACUCAAAAUACACAGCGUGUCGGGAAGAAGCACCAGAUAUUAGUGAAUUUGAGAAGGUGGAUUCUGAGCUGCGGACUCUGAUUGUUAGCUGCAGGAAGGGAAAAUCUAAGAACCUGCAUGUUGAGAAUGUUCAAAUAAGUUUGGGAAAGCUGGAGUCAAACAUUCAAGAUCUUGAAGAAGGGCUUGACUGCUUGUUUAGACACUUGAUCAAAGCCAGAGUGGCACUUCUCAACAUCCUAAACCAUAGCUCUUAG